AUAACAACGAAGGAGGUCAACGUUGCACACAUUUUUUUUUUUUGAAAAAGUCAAAACCUUUUGGUUCGGUUUGAGAAUGAAAACGCCGGCUCGUCGAUCGAAGUGGGUCGAUCGGGAAUUGGAUUCCAUGGAUACAACUCCAGUAGCCCUUCGUGCACGAGAGAAGAAGAACUGUUUCAAGACUCGGGCGGUUCUGGCCAGACCCGAAUACCCACUGACCCGCACCACCGCCGAGAUGAAGCUAAUGCCUCCCGAGUUUUUUCAAAUCGACGCGCUUGUUCUUGCGCCACGUCUGCUCGGAAAGUACCUGAGGAGAGACAAUGUUGUGCUAAGGAUUACAGAGGUAGAAGCUUAUAGAUCAAAUGAUUCAGCUUGCCAUGGACGAUUCGGGGUUACCCCACGGACCGCACCAGUUUUUGGACCAGGAGGCCAUGCCUAUGUUUAUCUCUGUUACGGUCUCCAUAUGAUGCUCAAUAUUGUUGCUGAUAAAGAAGGAGUUGGAGCCGCUGUUUUGAUACGGUCUUGUUCACCUGUCACCGGACUAGAGACCAUACAAGAGCGUCGAGGCCAAAAAACCGACAAACCCGUUCUUCUAAAUGGACCAGGAAAGGUGGGGCAAGCGCUUGGACUUUCAACAGAGUGGUCUCAUCACCCUUUCUAUUCUCCCGGUGGGUUGGAGCUUCUGGAUGGAGGAGAAGAUGUGGAGAAGAUUGUUGUUGGUCCUCGCGUUGGGAUAGAUUACGCAUUGCCUCAACAUGUCAAUGCAUUGUGGAGAUUUGCCAUUGCAGACACUCCAUGGAUAAGUGCUCCUAAGAACACUCUUAAGCCUCUUUAACUUCAAUCCAAAAGUUAUAACCAAAAAGAAAAAACUUCUUUGUAAAUAGACAUCUGCAAUUCUGUUUAGUGUGUAUCUUGUUUAUGUUGUUUUGUUAAAGAUGAUGGGGUUUUGUAUAUUAAGUCAAUUGGGGGAAAUUUGGAAU